AUGAGGAUUAUGCGCGGCGGCAGCGGCGCAAGGAGCGGCGCAGGGCCCGCGGGCGCGGGCGCGGGUUCGACCUCGGAGGAGGGAGCGCGUUCCCGUAGGAAGAAAGCAGGAGCGGCAGGAGGCGGCGCGGCUGCGCACCACACCCAAGACACUUUUCUUAAGGCGCAGACGGAGGCGCUGUCGCCGCUUCUGGUCGGCGAACGGCCUUCUCACGCACGGGCCAGCGGUGCACACCUCCGGGACGAAGGGGCCUGCGCGCGGUCCACAGAAGGAGACAAACCCCACGUGAUAAAUCCUCUAAAGGAAAAUUAUGGCCACGUACAGCAGGAGUUAAAGGAGGUAGGGGUGAAGAAGAAAGAAUUUAACACAAGAGAAAGAGUUACAGAAGACACAAUCGACCAAGAAGAAAGAAAAAGCACAAAUGGUGAAACAAAGGUGAAAGGUAGUUUAGUAUCAGACACAAACGAAGACAGAGAAAAGGAGAUCAACAGAAAUGUGAAAGAAAAUAAAGGCUGUGUGAAUUUUCAAAGCAGCAGAUCGAGCAAGCAGAAAGAAAAAGGCGGUAUUGUGGAAGAUAUUAAGACUUUGGCAGUAAAAAAAAGACUUGGGACAAAAUUGGCAGAAGAAAACGAGAUGAACGAAGAAAGCAAUCGAAAAAUGGAAACAUACGGCACAAAAUCCACAGCUUCAAUAGUAGUGGAGAAAGAAUUUGAGAAAUCUGCAGAAAUAAAUAGAGGUGGUGUCAAUGAAAACAAAUCUUUCGAAAGGAAACCAAACAGUAAC